AUGGGCGCCUCCGCAGCAAAGUUAGACGUCAGCCACGAUGAUGGCAUCGACCUUGGGCCACCCGAAGCCUUGGCGCUGGGGCCCUUCUUGGGCAAAGCAGAGCCUUUCAUCUUGGAAGAUGGGCUUUGGCAUCGCUCACGCUACCCUGGCCCACCAUCGCGGAGAGCCGGGCGCUGCUCGUUGCGCUCGUUACACCGGGCUUUGGACUACAUGGCAGCACAGGAGGGACCUCCCCGGGCUAGUUAUGUGUCGCUGUGUCGCUACGACGGCUCCGACGUGCUCCGUGCUGGAGCUACGUUCGAGCUUCGCAUCCCGGAGCAAGACGGACUCCUCGAUGACCUUUCUGGUCGCUUUGUCUGCCUCAUGCUAGCCGAUCGCCCAGGGCUCUACGUUUGUGUAGACAAAGAUGGCCGGCUGAACUUGCAGAAGUAUUCCUUCCAGGGCCGGGAAGCUUUCUACUUCCAGCUCAUCGAUGAGGGCCCGGCUCCCCCUCUCGUCAUGGAUGUGGAGAGCCCGGUGCUGGGCUCCCCAGAACAUCGGCCUCCCGAGGGUUUGGUGGGUUCCUUAAGUUCCUUGGGCCUCGGUUCACUGGACCUCCUUCCCAGCUUCUCGCUGCCGGUGCCCGGAGACCCACAGUUGGAGGAGGCGGUGAGGAGGGCCCUGGCCCUUGAAGACAUCAAAGACAUGGACUUCGAUCCCGUGGACUGCCUCGAGCUGCCGAGCUGCCUCGAUGUGCUGAGACCACUCGGCCAUCGCUCGCAAGACGUUUCCGACGACUCGGAGAAGGUAGCCACGGAGCUCUGCAAUGUCCAGAUGGGUUCGUUUGGUGAGACGCGGUUGACAGAGACCUACAUCAAUAGCGAAACUGAGAUCAUGUCCAUCCUCCAGUCGAUCAGAGACUACACAAGUAUAGAGAUUGAUGAUGAGACCUUCGAGGCGAUUGAAACGAAUUUCCCCGCAGACCUCAAAAUGCGGCACUGGGCUGCUGCAUACAAGCUCCUCCGUUCAUAG